AAAACAGCAGAGAAGAAGAAGAACAUGUUUUCAACUCCUCCUCGGUCGGAAAAAAUAAAAAAAUAUAUAUAAAAUCAGCGAAUAAUGUGGAAUCAUUGACGAAGAACGCUUGGUUGAGAGUAAAAUCUGAAAUCCCCACCCAAACAAAGAUCUGUGGUUUAUUAUUAUUAUUAGCCUCUCUAAUUCGAUGGGUGGUGGUGGCAAUCUCGUCGACGGUGUUCGUCGUUGGCUUUUUUUUCAACGUCGUCCUUCUUCUUCUUCUUCUUCUUCCAGUACUCAUCACGAUCAGAUUCAAAAUCCUCCCACCGUUUCUUCUAAUCCGGACGAGGACAACAACAACGACGGAGAUUUGAAGAAACUUACUGUUAUUGAAGAUUUCGAUCCCUCUAAGCUAAGGCAGAUCAAGGUUCCAAAACGAAAUCACUUACCUAUGGAGAAGAAGAUGAUACCUAGUGCUGAAUUCUUCACCGAGUAUGGAGAAGCAAAUAGGUAUCAGAUUCAAGAAGUUGUUGGAAAAGGAAGCUAUGGAGUUGUUGGUUCUGCUAUAGAUACUCACACUGGAGAAAGAGUUGCCAUCAAGAAGAUCAACGAUGUCUUUGAUCAUAUCUCUGAUGCGACUAGGAUUCUCAGGGAGAUUAAGUUGUUGCGGCUGCUUCUUCAUCCAGAUGUUGUGGAGAUCAAACAUAUCAUGCUUCCUCCUUCUCGAAGAGAGUUUCGAGAUGUUUAUGUUGUCUUUGAGUUGAUGGAAUCUGAUCUUCAUCAGGUUAUUAAAGCUAAUGAUGAUUUAACUCCUGAGCAUCAUCAGUUUUUCUUGUAUCAGCUUCUCCGUGGUUUGAAGUAUGUUCAUGCUGCGAAUGUGUUUCAUCGGGAUUUGAAACCGAAGAACAUUCUUGCUAAUGCUGAUUGCAAAUUGAAGAUUUGUGAUUUUGGGCUAGCUCGUGUGUCCUUUAAUGAUGCCCCUACUGCUAUCUUUUGGACUGAUUAUGUUGCUACUCGGUGGUAUCGUGCCCCUGAACUCUGUGGAUCCUUUUUCUCCAAAUAUACCCCUGCGAUUGAUAUUUGGAGUGUUGGUUGCAUAUUUGCCGAAAUGCUUUUAGGGAAGCCGUUGUUUCCUGGAAAAAACGUGGUUCACCAAUUGGAUAUAAUGACUGAUUUCCUUGGCACUCCAUCUCCAGAAGCAAUAUCAAAGAUCAGGAAUGAUAAGGCGAGGAGAUAUCUUGGCAACAUGAGGAAAAAACAGCCAGUGCCAUUCUCUAAAAAAUUCCCUAAAGCAGAUCCUUCGGCCCUCCGCCUUUUGGAACGCCUGAUUGCCUUUGAUCCAAAAGAUCGUCCAUCUGCUGAAGAAGCAUUAGCUGAUCCAUACUUCAGUGGUCUGUCAAGUUCAGAGCGGGAACCAUCAACAAAGCCGAUUUCAAAGCUUGAAUUUGAGUUUGAGAGAAAGAAAUUGACAACAGAUGAUAUCAGAGAGUUAAUUUACCGAGAGAUAUUAGAAUAUCAUCCUCAGAUGCUGGAGGAAUACCUUCGUGGUGACAAUCAGCUCAGCUUCAUGUACCCCAGUGGGGUAGAUCGAUUUAGGAGGCAGUUUGCUCAUCUCGAAGAAAAUCAAGGUCAGGGAGGAAGAAGUAACGCACUUCAGAGACAGCAUGCUUCCUUACCAAGAGAGCGAGUUCCUACAACCAAAAAUGAAACAGUUGAAGAAAGCAGCAAUGAUAUCGAGAGAAGAACAUCAGCUGCUGUAGCUUCAACCUUAGAUAGUCCCAAAGCUUCACAACAGCCAGAAGGUACAGACGAUGGAGGAGGCUAUAGUGCGCGUAACCUGAUGAAAAGCUCUAGCAUCAGUGGAUCUAAAUGCAUAGGUGUUCAAUCUAAAGCCAACAUUGAGGAUCCCAUAGCAGAGGAACAAGAUGAUUCUGUUGCUGAGAUGGCUGUGAAAGUUGCAUCUCUACACAAUUCUUAAUAUAUUUUUUUUUCCCUUGUUUAAUUUAUGUUUUGCCCCUUUUUACAGAGUGGUAGAAGCACACGUGUGGUUUCUCACUCUCACUCGGGGUUUAGGCUUGAUUGUUGUAUUUAAUACUUUGAGGGAACAUGAAAAGAUGAUAUAACACUUGGUUACUGAUGUAAUUUAUUUUGGAACAGGGAUAGAUUAUGAUCAAAAUUCGAACUAAUCUCCCAAUCA